AUGUCCGAGCUCACAAGGUUUUGCAGAGAGGCGAUAAAGGAAGACCUCAAAGAGAAAAUAGCAGAAAUGUUGGGUGAAGCUGCAGAGGCGGGACAGAGCAUUCGCUACGCCCGCCGGAACUUCGCCAAUCGUAAAACAACAAUGACUGCUCUCCGGAUCCCAGAUGGAACAACUACAGCAUCGAGAAGACGGAUGGAAAAGGUCAUUCACGAAUUCUACUCAGAUCUCUUCGACAACCACGUCCACUUGCCUCAUCACCAUCGAAAGGAAGAUGGAGAUGUCAUUCCAAAGAUCCUCCCUUCCGAAGUCCGACAUGCCAUCUUGCCGGUGAAGAAUCUUAUUUCUCCCGGUCUCGACAUAAUCAAGCCUGAACAUCUGAAGUAUCUACCGCCAGUCCUCAUCAACACUCUGGCGAGGCUCUUCACUCGUUACCUGUGGAAAUCCAACGUUCCUAAGGAAUGGAAAACCAGCAAGACCGAGCUGUUGUAUAAGAAGGGAGAUCCACAAGAUAUCGGCAACUAUCGUCCAAUCUGCUUACUGUCUGUCAUCUACAAGCUCUUCACAAGACUAAUCCUGAACAGGAUAGAAAGAACAUUAGAUGAAAGACAGCCAUGCGAGCAAACAGAGUUUUGA